UAUAUUGAAAGAAUAACACCUUUUCUUUUAAGCGUAGUUACAUCACAUCCUGCAGAGUACCAGUAAACCCUGGUGGCUGCUUUGUGGGGGCUCGGCUUUUUAUUUCCUGGCAGAAGCUUUUGAGAAAUUCCCCUCACGUGAGGGAGGCAUAACCUUCUUCAAUAAUAUGGUCAUUCCUCAGAGCUGUUCCUGUCCCUCCUCAUCUUUACCAUCCAUUCAUCAUGAUGCGUUCAAUUAACCCAGAAAAUUUGAGCUAAUACAACGCUGUGUAAUGGAACAGAUUGACACAAUCUGCAUAACAUUAUAUUAUACUGAAAAAAACCCAUAAUUAAUUAGACACUUGAAGAAGUUGCUUUUGUACUGGCCGAUUUCUUAAAUGUGUCUACUUUAAGCGCUUUAUGUGCCGAUACAGAUAUGGAUACUAAAACUAACAUCCUACACGUGAAGGCAGCACGGAACCCACCGCGCUUAACUAUCAGCAGGUCAGUUUAAAAGAAAGCGAAACUGAAAGCAGCCUCGGCAUCAUGUUGCAUCAUUGGCAGCCUGAUGCCAAACCUCAUGCGCUCAAAAGCCACCAGACACACCGGCUGAGCACCUCACUCCGGGAUACACAUUUACAGAGCCAACAAGUCAUCAAGCAAUAAAGACAUAGCAUUGCCAUUUCAGUCGCCUGCUUUUAUUUUCAUCCCGAGUCUUUCAAAGUUUUUUCCAAACUGCAGAGCCGCGCUGAUUGUGCGUCCGCAAGACUUUGAAUGGCAGCGGCUCCACUUGCCUGCGCGCAGCGCGGUUGAUCCGGUCUCGGGGAAAGUGCAUUUUACCGACAGUCACACAACCAACCGGCAGUCGGCUCUACUGUGGGGGGAAACAUGUCCCCGUUAUUCAUGGAAACCAGCUACAACAGCCCUGGCUCGGUGUCAGCUGAAGACAGCAACCCUGCUGGAUUGGAGACAGAAGGAGAGGGACAGCAGAUGGGAGACAGAGGGAGAAAAAGACAAGAGAAGAACAGAGACGCUGCGAGGCGGAGCCGCAGAAAACAAACGGAGAGAGCAGACGAACUUCAUGAGGAGCUUCAGGGUCUGGAGCGAUCAAAUUCAGCCCUUAAAAAGGAGAUUGCUGCAUUGAAAAAAGACCUCCACCUCUAUAUGACGGCUCUGGAGCGGCACAAGCCUUUCUGUUGCCUCAAAGCCAGCUCCGGUUCAACAACUUGUGCCUCAGUUUCCCCUUCAGCUGACUGUCAGCGUGGCCCCAGCCCUCCUGGAGUCCCUCCUCAGACCUUAAGCUCCACGUUAGCUCCUGCCCCUUCAGUCUCUACCUCCUUACCCUCCAGUCUUCAAACUAGAGACUGUGUUGAAGGCGCACAUCUCUCAUCUUCAACUACUCCAACAACUAAAACAUUAGCCUCACCCAUUUGCUCAUCUGCUGAACUCUUCACCCUCUCGAGCCCUGUAACUUCUCCAUACUCUGUCUCUUUCUCUGCAGUCCCGGCCCCUCACUCUUUGUUUAGCGAUUCUCUAAUCACGUCAAGGCCGACAAAUGUUCCGCCUGUCUGCACCAGCUCUGUUUCAAACCCUGUACCCUCCAGCUCUUUUGCCGCAGCUGCUGAGCCUCAAUCUGCGCAAGGCACUAUCAAUGAAAGCUCUUCAAUACCAGCAAACGCUUGCUUCCCCCCUCUUCAUUCCAGUGCACUGGAUGCGUUUCUAAUGAAAGACUCCUUUCUAACUGCUUCAUCUAAUGAAGGGCACCCUUAUUCCCAAUUAGGUGCACAAGAGGCAGCUCUAGUAUCGCAGGUUUGUCCAGUGAAUGUCCCCCAGCUUCAACCAGGUCAGUUCAGCAAAAAUCCAAUUAUUUCAAGUCCAUCUCUUUUACCGCCAGCUCUUGAAGACCCUGCUCCUCAGCCCCUCUUAGUGCCUUCUCCUGCUUCUGUUUUUGCCUCGCCGUCAAGUUAUAGUGGACAACUCAAUUCUGAGUCUCUGCUUUCCCUGCUCACUGUCCCGAGUCCCCUCAAUGUGUCUCAGACUACCUCCAGCAGUUUUGAUGGUCCUCUCUCUCAACAUCCGCCCCUACUGCCAACUUUAGGGGAUCCUUCAAGAGAUCUUUCCCUUUCUGAGCUCCUGGAGGUCAAUGACUGGAUACUGAGUGGGACUAGUCAUGAGUAGCACUACAAUAGUAAAGGAAGAAGACUUUCUUUGUGCCAAAAUGUUUUUAUAAUUUAUAUAUUUCUGUAUUUUGAGCAAUCAAACUCUGCUGAGCAGCUUAAGCAAUAACGAGUGCAAGCCAACAAAGUUGUCUGUACGACAUCAGAAAAUGAACCAAGGGUGAAACGAACAUCCAGGCUGUUCAUAUUCAUCUUUCUGCUACUUAAAGGGACACCAUUGUGAUUUAGUGUUGAGCUUCCAUAAAGUGUGGGACUCACAAGGGCCAAAUUAAGACAAAAUGGUUCAAGCCAAUGCAGCAGAAGCAGAGAUAUCCCAGGUUUUAGUGUCCGUGUUGGUCGAGCUCCAGAAAACACUUGACCCUCCACUUCCCAUAAUGCAACUGAUAGAGUGCUGCAGGCAUGACAUUUUUUGUAGACUGACAUGAAAGUUUGAGUCACCCUGAUUCCUUUGUCGAAAAACGAUGGGAUUUUUAUUUUGGAUUUUGGAUUAUUGCAGAAAAUAAAGUCUGCCGCAACCAAAUUUAAGGAUACUUACCAGUUUUGAUCAGCAAAAUAAUCUUAACAAAUGAACACCACUUUAAUGAUUUUUCAGGCAUAAAUGCGAUCACCAGCAUUAAAAAAAGAAACUAACUUUAGACUAUAAAUGUACUGCACUGCAGUCGCAUGACUUAGGCAUCGCCACUAAGGUGAGGCUGUAAAGUCAUGUUUGGUGUGGCUUGGUUUGAUGACAUUUUGUAGUCUCAUUUAGCCAACUACCUUUUUAAGACACAUAAAGCUUCAAAAUUCACAAGUGGAGUUUUGACUGACGUAUUUUAUAUCACAAAACAAAACGUUCAAGUAUCUUAAGCUUGUGUUUUAACUACAGACCUUAUUGCAGGCAUCCAAUCAAAAACUCAUUCAAAAAACCCAUUCACUUCAAGACGAGGGAACAGGCAGUGCUAAAAUGCUAAGAUGUAGGACUCAUUUCUGCAGCACUCUGUAGCAUCUUUUGGUAUGAUGCUGUUAAAUGCUUAUGUCUUUUUAACACAGUUUGUUAAUGCAGUUGUCCUGUUCUAAGUUGUAGCAUCAUAUCAUCAGGGGUUAUUUUCUCAGAUUCGUCAGUGCUUCCCAAGAACCACAGAUGACAUAAUGCAGUGGUUUUCACAAGCUAGGUAUAUUUCCCAUGAUGAGUAAACCAAACGUCAUGCCCAAAAUUUUUGAGAUUUCCAGAGACUGGAGUCCAACUUCACUGGAUAACAGACAAAACCUCUGUACAAUAAAUUAGCUACUUGUGAGUCUGCAGUUUAUAAGCUACUACUGAUGAAAUCGAAUCAACUAUGCAGUGAAAUCCAGCAGCACGAUGUUUUUAAGUUUGAACAAAUCAGCUCGGCAGGUGUUGUCUCUUCCUUAAUCCAGAGACUAGACACAGAAAAACUGACUCAACAUUUGAAAGUUUGACUUGUAAUUUUAGUUGGGGUGGAGUGCUCACUUCCUCGCAACUUAAGGGAAAUGUCAUUAGGCGAAAUUUCCAUCUGUGGCAGGAGCUGCCUGUGUGAACACACCAAGUGCCAAACCACACGGCCAAGGCCCUUAGUUUUGAUUUAACACAAGGAAACUUUAUUACGUCUUAUUUAUUUCUUACCUCUUUUAAAAUACAUAAACACAGGCAAAUCACCUCAAUCUCACAUAUUUUGCUGCUACUGAUAACCAAAUACUGUUAAUUUUCUGAUUUUUAAUUUAGGAUUUUUUAAAAGCUAUGAUUAUUUAUUUUUUUUACAUUUAAGAUGAUAAAAUAGAUCUAUUUUCUUCUUCACUUCAAAUAGCACAAUCACAUUAUUUCUACUUUAAAUACGCUUACAUAUGAUUCCUUAUAAUUAAAGUCUUUUACCAGCCUUUGCUUGCAAGGGUGGAUCAGCAACCAGACAAAGUUGGCAGCUGUCCCCCAAACACCUUCACUUACGGUCCCCAGAGUCCCCACAUUGAAUGUGUGUCUUUUGGGUUGUGGUAAUUUGAUUAAUUGCAUAUUGUAAAUAGUUUGUGUAUCAAUAUUAUUUAUUGGACUUAUCCACCAAUAUCAAAUUGACAAAUGUGUGCUUAACUGAACCUCAAAAAGACUGUCUCAUAGGAGCCACAGCUCAUUUUUUUCCUGGGGCCCACUAGUGGUUAAAUCUAGACGCGAUUACAUGGACAAUUUAUGUCCCUUGUUGUUUCAUAUCAAAUGUGUCAAAUGAGAGAAUCAUUUGGCUUCCUCUCCCUGUAACUGACAGUUAGAGAAGCGUGGGGCUGCUCACACCUGUUGUAUUAAAUUACUGCUGCAAGGAAAUUAAAAUGACGAUACUGUUUAUUCACAGAAUGAUUUAUGUAGAUUGUUCUGCUUUAUAUACACUAUAUAUGUAGCUUUAUAGGAUAUAUGUGAGUGUUUACUCCACAUUGAAGUAUGUGAUUUAGUGUGAGGCUUUAUGUGUGUGUGUGUGUGUGUGUGU